AUGUGCUAAGAAAUUGAAUUAAAAAUCAAUGGCUGGUCGCAUGAAGAAGCUCGUGCCCACCGAUGGCAAAUGGAUCCCCGAGUCGCGCCGCUUCCCCCUGGAUUUGAUCUCCAGCGUGAUGAGUGGCCUGCGCGGCGACGUGGAGGGAGUCACCCCCGAGGAGCGCCAGUCCCUUAAGGAGUUGCAGAAGACAUGGCUCCAGAAGCUGGCCAACCGCCUGCCGGAGUCGAAUCCCCGUCCGCCCUCGCCCAAGAGGCCACGCCUCCGGGCUAAGAAAAAAGCCCCCCAGGUGGAGAUCCCGCCAGCGGUGGAGGAGCGCGAGGAGUACAACAUCCACGAUGUGGAGGACAGCGAGGUGGUCAGAAACCGCAUCUGCAUCCCCCGACUUCGAUCCCAUUGGAAGCUGCGCUACUUCGAGAUCAUGAUGCCCGCCUUUGUCCUGAAGCGCGGCCUAUUGAAUGAGCACUUCAACUGGGAGAUCGUCGACAAGAUCAUGGGCGCCCCCGACGAAGAGGCCACCGCCUUUCUCCAGGAGUUCGUGGACGAUGUGGUCAAGGACCUGACACCCUGACGGCUGGCUAAGUAUCCUUGACUGCGUGGCAAGCCGCUUCAAAGAAGUAAGCGAACCCUGGAGGAGUGCAAAAAAAAGGACGAGGAGCAGGAGGUCAGCUCCGAGUGAAACAAAA